GUUCAGUACUGCACCAGAAAUGAUGAUUCUAACUUCUGUUUCGACGUUUGUUUCCUGCAGCCUUUCUGAAUGUGCGGCCUGCUCCAUUAUGUCCGGAACGAAAAUCUGUAGAAUUCUGAAUGGAGUUUGGUUUGCUGUUGGUUGCUGCGCGUUACCUUUAAGAUGCGAACUGAAAAAGCGCGGUUCGAGCUAAACAGGCACCAUUUUAUCCAAGAGUUUGGAGAAUUUACCGCACACAUUCAGAUUCUUUCCUAAAAGGUGGUUUUUUGAUCCUGGUGAAGGAGGGAAAUCGACGGCACGGCGGGUUUGGAUUAUCUGUCGGCCCACCGACAGGAGGCGGGGGCAGCGAGAGGAACGGGACAAGCCGAUCCGGUACGAUCCGAUCCGGGGUCCGCCAGGAGGGUGCAUCCAGCAAAUACUUUCCCUUUAAAGCAGAGAGGGACAGAGGGGGUGAAGACGAUUUAAAAAAAGAAAAGGAAGAAAGGCUGAGAGGGAGGGAGGGCGUUGAAAAAAAAGAGAAAGAUGUCACCCUGCCGAUUGAAACACCGAGGCGGAGCUGUGGACCGCCGCCGACCAGCAGCUCUCUAGUGCGGGGAGGAGCUCUACGCAACGCCGAGGCUUGGGAUCCGACGCUUGGGCCUUUUUUUCGGAGCGAUCGCAAAUAUCAGCUGAUUUAUUUAUUUUUUUUGCCACAUUCUACUCAUCUCCUCUUUAAUAUCUGUUUUGCAUGCAAUCCACCAAGUUUUAUUCCAGUAGUCAUCACCAGAUUGUAUUAAAAUCCACCACUAAAGCAAGCAUGAUACCAUCAUUUUUCCACAUAUAACUCGUGCAGCCAAAAUCUGGCAAUAAUAAUUCAUAACUCAUAGGAACAAAAUCUGGAUUAUUUAUUUAUUUAUUUUUUAGCCGUUAACUAUCAGAGAUAACAGGCCUGAGAUUUAAGUUCUCCUCCUGCACCUCCUCCUCCUCCUCCUCUGCAUGGAUCAGGAUGGACACCUCCUGGAGUAAUUUCCUCUUUCAGACACCGUCGACUCAGACUCAGCCUGAGACGUCGCUCCAGGCUGAACUGCUGCCUGAGCUGACCGGCCCCACCCAGAGCCCCCCGGCAGAGCACAUCGUGACACCACCAUCAACCGUCGACACCGCUGCCCUGAGCGAGGAGCCUCUGCCUGUAAAACCAAUCACCAAACCCCUCCGGCCUGCCCACAUCUGUGCCACAUGCAACAAGGAGUUCAAGAACAGCUACAACCUGCGGAGACACCAGUCGGUGCACACGGGCAUCAAACUGAAGGACCGAGCCAGUCGCGAGAAAGAUAAUGGCGGGAAGGCAGGACGAGUGGAGAAGCAGACGGUCCCUCUCUCCCUGCUCCACCUGACUCUGCCCUCACAGCCUGCCCCGCCCCCUGUUGUCCCCACCACCCCGGAGACCCUCCCCCAGCCGGGUCAGCUCGCCAGUCCAGAGGGCCAGCCGAUCUCUGUGUCGAUCGCCCCGGCAACUGUAACCAUGGCUGCCCCACCUCAGCCCAUCCAAGCUGCUGCUGUUGUUGUUGUGGGUUCCAUGGAUCAGAAUCCAAAUCCCAACCCCAAUCCCAAUUCCAACCAGGUGAGGAAGAACCACGCUUGUGAGGCUUGUGGAAAGGCCUUCAGAGACGUUUAUCACCUCAACCGCCACCGGCUGUCACACUCGGAUGAGAAGCCAUACUCCUGCCCCAUCUGCCAGCAGCGCUUCAAGAGGAAAGACCGAAUGAGCUACCAUGUGCGCUCUCACCAAGGUGGCGUGGAGAAACCAUACGUCUGCCCUCACUGCGCCAAGGCCUUCUCUCGACCGGACCAUCUCAACAGCCAUGUUCGACAGGUGCACUCUACAGAAAGACCCUUCAAGUGCACGACGUGCACUUCUGCUUUUGCCACACGGGAUCGUCUGCGCGCCCACCUGAUCCGGCACGAGGAGAAGGUUCCGUGUCACAUCUGUGGGAAGCUGCUCUCUGCUGCUUACAUCACUGACCACAUGAGAGUCCACAACCAAUCACAGCACCACGCGUGCCACCUCUGCAACCGCAGCUUCACUACACUUACGUACUUGCGUGUUCACGCCCAAAAGCACCACGGGCAGGAGUGGAAGGAGAGCGGCGGGGCACGAGGGGGCUUUGGAGGAACCGGCGCCGGCGGGGUGCUGCUCUGCCAACUGUGCGGUGUGCAGUGCAAAACAGCCACACAGCUGCAGGGUCACAUGGGCACACAUGCCAAUCAGGUUGAACCCAGCGCUGACCCAACGAGCGCGGGCCCCGUGGACACCACCAGUGUGGCUGUCACUGUGUCCAGUGCCACCACGGUCGGAUUGCUGGUUACUGACUGCUCGGGAAUCGCCCCCCAAUCCCACAGCUAGCACGCUGUGAGGGGGCGGGGCUGGGGUGGUUAAAAGGGGUGGGGCAAAAGACGACACAUGUAGAGAGGAUUUAAAGUGCAGCAGUGUGUCCAGGUUAUUCAUGGACGCAUGCAGAAUCCGCCAUGGAUGUCAUCUUUGAUCUUUAUGUUGCCGUGACGACUGCAUUCUGUUCUUGGACCUUUUCGUGUUUUCUCUGAAACUCUGCUCCACCCGCUAAUCUGCUGCUAACAGUCAGGCAGCAUCUUUGGCACAUGCACAAACUGAGCGUGCACACGCAUACAGGCAAACGUCUGCUUACCUCUUCAUGUGUACUUUUUCUUCAUAUGGCUUAGCAGGUAAAUAUUUGUAUUGGUUGAAUUCUCCGCUGACUUGCACAUCCCCCGUCAUGAUUUUGUAAAGCUGUUGUUUUUUUGUUUUUGUUUUUUGUGUUUUUUGUUUUUUUAUUGUUUAUAUGAACUUGUUUUUGUUGUUUAUAAUGAGGAAGUUUAUCCCACGUAUGCUAAGUUGGAUUAUCUUUUUGUCCGUUAUUUAUAAUAAGUCGGUGUUCACUUUGCUUUCGUUACUCAGUGUACUUAAGAGCAGGAAAACCUGACAACGUGAAAAUACCUUUUAGAAGGGCCAUUUCUUGCGCGUACGUAUGUGCACACUUUUAUAUAUGGCCAAUAAAAGAAGACUAGUAAGUCUUUGUGUAUAUUCUCCAUGAACAUUGAAUGUAUAUAAUUUAUUUGCUUCUGAUGAUCUUUCUUACUCUGGAUGCUGAUUUUAAUCCUUAAAGAUAAAUUGCCAUGUAAUUUGUAGCUAUUUUCUGUGGCUGUGCAUAUUGAUUGUACCUAAUGCAUCGUGCAUAGCGCCUUGUUAAUCCCGUAUUAAAAGGCAGUAAAACGCAUGUUUGGCUUCAAGUUAAGACGAUCUCCAGUGUUUGAAUGAUUAUGGAAAACUUUUUUUCUUUGCACACCUGUGUUCUAAACGUGUGGGCUUACAUUUCUAUUAAAACUAUUUUAAAGUG